GUUUGGUAAUCUAGAGAUUCUUAGCCUUUCCGAUUCACACGUGUGCCUGGGCUUGGUUUGCUGUCAAAACAAGCUUGCUGUUGUUUAAGAUUGGAAGUAGAUCCUCUGAGAAGCAUAUAUUCAGCGUCGCGGCCAGCAACAGUUUUCGGACGAGAGAGAAACCACCCCGCUUGAGAUUGAAUAUCACACCCCCACAUCGCAUCAACAGUUACAAGAUGUCCGCAAACUCCGAAAAGCCAUGGGCUGUUGAAGACGUUGCCGCGUCAAUGAUUGGCGGGGCACCAGAGUCCGGAUCUGAGUCGCCAGUUCCAUUCUUCCACAUGCUUCAACAGUUAAAAACUACGAAGAGAGAGGGAUGGAGGAGAUUCGGCAUUGACCAGGGAGAGUCGAUCGCAGACCACAUGUACCGCAUGUCUCUCAUUACCAUGUUCGCGCCGCCCUCGUUAUCGUCUAAACUCAACAUCCCCCACUGCACGAAGAUGGCCCUUAUCCAUGACAUGGCUGAGGCUCUUGUCGGAGACAUAACCCCAAUGGACGGCGUAUCGAAGCCAGAGAAGUCAAGACGGGAGUCAACGACCAUGGAUUACUUCGUCAAUGGCCUCCUCGGGAAGGUCAACGGCGGCAUGACCGGCAAGGAUAUAAUGGCAAUCUGGCAAGAGUAUGAGGACAGCGUGACCCUGGAAAGUCAGUUUGUCCAUGACGUGGAUAAGAUCGAGCUUAUCCUACAGAUGUUCGAAUACGAAAAGUCGAAGCAGGGAAAGCUUGAUCUGGGGGAGUUCACUUGGGUCGCAACGAAGAUUAAGAUGCCAGAAGUUAAGGCAUGGAGUGAUGCUGUGAUGAAGGAGAGAGAGGAGUUUUGGAAGGCAAAUGGCGGGGUGUACACUGAUUUCUCGAAUGAGGGCGAUGAGAAGAAGACUGAGAAGCGUGAGAAACACGUCGCGACUCUUAACGAGUAUUACGGCAAGGAGGGAAAAUAGAGUGGAACCAAGGGAUGAAAUAUUUAGACAUUGUUAUCCAUCGGAUGGUGGCUUGGUUGUGUUUAUAGAUUUACUUCACUUGAACUGUGCAAUCUUAUCGAUUAGACUAGAGCUUCAUUUUGCGAAUUUGCUAUGGCAACCAGACCCCUGCAAUUAUGUGGAUCUCGGUCAAGCUAUCAAACUUUCCCUAUCGCCCUGCAUAUUGAUGAAUUUCAAAUCCAU